CAGUGUGGUGCUGGUGAGUUUGGACGAGGCCGAGCGUCCGGCGGUGACUCUGGUGUUGGGUCAUGCGGUCUCAGACGUGCAGGUGCUCAGCGCGGGAUCAGAGCAGACGCUCAGCCGCAUGCGCAGCGUGUUCCUGCAGACACACACACCGACACACACUCUGAGCGCAGACGAGCUGCAGCGCCGCAGGGAGAGCGUCCGCCGCUGGCUGCAGGACAACAGAAUCCCGGUGCAGGAGGACGGGGAGCUGCUGCGGGUGGCCCACGCUCUCACCAUCAGCGCCCCCUACAGGCCCGGAGACUGCAGCUGCGCUAACCAGAUCAUACUGGCCCGAGUGCAGAGCCUGCUGGAGAACAACCCCGAGACCAGCGGAGACGCGCUGACCACUGAGAGCACACAGGGCUCGGGUUAGGAACGCUUUAGAUUAAAGGGUCAGUUCACACAACAAUUACAGAUCUGUCAGCACUUACUCACUUUUCACCUGUUGAACACUAGGGAAGAUAUCUUGAAGAAUGUUUGAAACAGCUGACCAUUCACCACAGUGUUUUUUACCUACUAUGGAAGUCAAUGGUUACCGGUUUCCAGCAUUCUUCAAAAUAUCUCCUUGUGUGCUCAACGUAAGAAACUCAAACGUUAAGUUUAAAUAAGUAGUUUGAACAAGCAGAAAUCAUCUUUGACUGUGCUGAACACAAAAGAAGAUACUUUGAAGAAUGCUGAACACCACUGACUACCAUAAUAGGAAAAACAAACACUAUAGUCAAUGGUUACCGGUUUUCAACAUUCUUCAAAAUAUCUCCUUUUUUGUUUAACAGAAGAAACUCAAAAGUGCUCUGGAAAAAAGACUGAUUGUAUUCACUACAUGUUUUUAAGAUCAGCGCUUGCAGACUAUUCAUGCAGACUGCAUUUAAACAAAUGAAGUUGAACAUCACUACACUUACCUUCUGUUAAAUUCAGCCUGCUUAAAUAGUUUGUAACCACUGAUCUUGAAAACAUAGUGAAUACAAUCCAUCUUUUUUCUUGUGCACUUUUGAGUUUCUUCUGUUGAACACAAAAGGAGAUACUUUGAAGAAUGCUGGAAACCGGUAACCAUUGACUUCUAUAAUAGGUGAACCACUGAUCUUAAAAACAUGUAGUAAAUGCAAUCAAUCUUUUUUUCAGACUGUGUUGAACACAAAAGGAGAUACUUUGAAGAAUGUUGGAAACUGGUAACCGUGGACUAUAGUGUUUGUUUAUCCUAUUAUAGUAGUCAGUGGUGUUCAGCAUUCUUCAAAGUAUCUUCUUGUUCUCAGCAGUCAAAAAUGACUUCAGCUGCUUGUUCAAACUUAUUUAAAAUGAGCUGAAUCAACACAACUCUGGGUUUUUUUCAUCUGAAAUCUCCUCAAGUCAUCUCGUUUUUCCUCAAAGUAAGAUCCGAGAGCUGAAUGCAUGUGUUUACAUUCAAAAAUAAAGUGCGGUGAGGAACUUAGAUGACGGUAUUUGUUUGAAUGAUGACAGUGUUUCCCUCUGUGGGUGAACUGUCCCUUUAAAUGUGACGUUGUGUAAAUUACAUUCACAUGUCUGACGACUCUUUGAUCUGUUGAUUUGUCUUCUUAUAUAUAUAUUUGCUCUUUUUGUACGUUCUAUUAAAGGUUUCCAGAUAAA